CACUCCCUCUCCUUGCAUAUUACAAAGCAGUAUCAGUUAGUCUACUAUGGCAGGAACAAGAAGAACCAGAGAGAAGAGCAAUAUGAAGCAUUCAGUUCAGAAAGAAAUCAUUAAGGAAGAAGAAAAUCCAACUCCCAGAAGAGUUUUUACGAGCUUCUUUACUUGCAGAUAUCACCAAGUAGCAACAGCAGAAGGAGAAGGGAACAAGAAGAAGUGCAAAAGAAUAGGAUGCUCGGGCUCACUCUGCAAGCUGAGAGAGAGCUCUAAGAUAAUGCUGAGGCCAGUUACCGCUUCUCCACCUGAGAGCUGCAAGAGAAGAGUUUCGAUGAGCGGCGGCGGGUCUAGUAGAUCCAUGAAGGCUCCUUUAUGUGAGAUCAAUAGAGUUACCUCUUCUUCUUCCUCCUCCAGUUUGGGUGCCACCCCCUCUUUCUCUUCAUUGGGUGGUUCUUUGAGAGGAAUGCAUCUGAGGAGGCUUUCAGGGUGCUAUGAGUGUCGCAUGGCUAUUGAUCCAAUUAAUGGUGUUUACAGAGAUUCUUCUCUUAGAGCUACUAUCUUUUCUUGUCCAGAUUGUGGGGAGAUCUUCAUGAAAUCUGAGAGUUUGGAGCUACAUAAAACAACCAGGCAUGCAGUAUCAGAAUUGGGUCCUGAUGACACCAGCAGAAACAUAGUAGACAUCAUAUUCCAAUCCAGCUGGCUGAAGAAACAAGCUCCAGCAUGCAAGAUUGACAGAAUUCUGAAAAUCCAUAACUCUGAGAAGACCAUAGCUCGGUUCGAAGACUAUCGAAACUCCAUUAAGAACAAAGCAUGCAAACUUGCAAAGAAGUAUCCCAGAUGCAUUGCAGAUGGAAAUGAACUCUUGAGAUUCCACUGCACCACCUUCACCUGCUCUCUUGGCCUCCAUGGCUCCACUAAUCUCUGCGACACUAUUCCAAAGUGCAGAAUUUGCAGCAUAAUAAGAGAUGGUAUCAAGGCUGAUGCUUUAGGAAGGAUUAGAACAAUGGCUACCAGUGGAAGAGCUCAUGACUUGGCCCAGAUUUCAUCUGAAAAUGAAAAGAGAGGAAUGUUGGUCUGUAGGGUGAUAGCAGGUAGAGUUAAGAGAAGCCAAGACAGUUCAGAGGAGUUUGAUUCAGUGCUGGGAACUUCAGCACUCUAUUCAAGCUUAGAUGAAAUUUUUGUGUUGAAUCCUAAAGCAAUCCUUCCUUGUUUUGUUGUAAUCUAUAGAGCUUCAUAGUUUGGAAGUAAGGGAUGUUAUUUUCCUGUG